AUGGAGUUGACCAAGAUGGCUGGAACCGUGGCAAGGCAGUUAUUUUCUCGGAACUCGGCAUUGUCAUGUCGCGUGCUGAAUUUCGGUCAAGUACACCACUCCAGAUGCCUAAGUACCUCUCACACCCUGCAGACUGACUCAGACUCAAACUCAAAAGGAUGGCUGAAAAACAUCCUUCCUGUGAGAACCCUGCCUGCCAGCAAGGAGUCCCACUCCAGUCUUCUAUCCAACAAGGAAACGGUGUAUGAAAUGCAGUUCCAUGCUGUUAAGCCAGAGAAUAUGGAGGAGUACUUAAAACAGUUUCAGUCAUUUCAACAGUUGAUGCACGAUAAAGGCACAGGCGCAAAACUAAUCGGUAGCUUCACAGUCGAGAUAGGCGAUCAGGACGAAGCAAUCCAUAUUUGGCAGUAUCCUGGAGGAUAUCCGGUCCUGAACAAGGCAACAGAAAUUUACAGAAAAGACAAAGAUUUCAUUGAUUACCGUCUCCGAAGAAACAAAAUGUUGAGAUCAAGGAAAAACCAAAUUUUGCUACCUUUCAGUUUCUGGCCAGAGCCAACCGCACGAAGUGGCAGCAAUAUCUACGAGAUGAGGAGUUACACGUUAAAGCCUGGUACUAUGAUUGAGUGGGGAAACAACUGGGCUCGUGGUAUAAAAUCACGAGCAGAUGAACCAGUGUGUGGCCUAUUUUCACAAAUGGGUGAACUGAAUACCGUUCAGCAUAUAUGGGGAUACACUGAUCUACAGACACGUAAGGACACGAGAGAACAGGCCUGGAGCAAACCGGGCUGGGAUGAAUGUGUUGCCUACACUGUGCCUCUCAUUCGACACAUGCAGUCAAGAAUUUUGAUACCAACUCCGUUUUCACCCCUGCAGUAGUAGCAUGGCCGAAAGAUACUCCACGGAGAAGGCCAGACUAUCAUUACCAACCUGCUUUCAGAGACUGUUGUACAGUUGUGAAAUCGAAUGUAGUUUCUUUUGAGUUCUUUGGAUCAUGAGAUAAAUUGCAGAAUUAUAGUCAUAAUUUGCCAUAUUACAUGGUGAGCAAAGAAUACUCCAGGUGAUAGAUGAAGGUCAACCUCCUUUUUUGACUUUGUGUGAAGAAACACUUGUUUUAAUGAAUCAUGAAUUCUUUUAGAAAUGCAUUUGACUCGGGUAAACAUUUUGACCGUGUAAGAGAGACUUACACACUUAUGAUUGAAAUACUGCUGACUAUCUUUUAGUCUUAAAAAAUCUAGUUUUGUUAUCAAUCAGUUUAACACAAUACAAUCUGCCAAGCAACAUCUAAAUUGUAAAAGUUGAGGACCUGUUUUACCUGAUAUCAUAAUUAGGGGGCUAACAAAUGUUGAUCAUUGUAAAGUUACACAAACUAGUAGAACUUUCAUUUGAAAAAUUGAGAGAUUUUUAAUAUUUCUAUUACUUUUAGUCUCUAUUGAUGAAAUAUACUGAUAAUUUAAAUGUCCAGUAUCCUUUCUGGUAGUCUCUAUUGAUGAGAUAUACUGAUAGUUCAAAUGUCCAGUAUCCUUUCUGGUAGUCUCUAUUGAUGAGAUAUACUGAUAAUUUAAAUGCCCAGUAUCCUUUCUGGUACCAAAAUUUGAAAUUAUUUUCCACAUCAAAACGUACAUCCUUUCUCCAUUCAAUAUUCUAUUGCUGUCUGUUUUUCCUCUCUCUCUUUUGCAACAUUUUCAUCAUACUUUUACUUGUAUAAAGGGUUCUUUAGUAUGGAAAAUUUACUUUUGACAUUUUCUUUACAAAUAUGAUUGUCCACUUAACAUUUAUAUGGACUUUAUUCUUGCAUUUAAAUAUUCAUUGAAUAAGUGAUGAGGUAACAUAUUUGUACCAGAUCAGCCAUGCAGAUUCUUUUAAAGUCUUCAGAUUAUUGAGGCAUAAUUAUUUAUCACAGAUCUUUCUCUAACUACAGCAUAUGUCAAAGGUAAUUCUUUGAAAUUUUGAGAUUUAUUAGGGCUUCAAUUUAUUUUUAUAAAUAAAUGUGUUAAGUAGGUGGGGGGGGGGGUGUUACUGAAAGAAUGUUUAUUAGUCUGAUAGUGUGAACACUCAUAAUUCAGAUAUGUAUUUAAUAUGUUUUGAUAUUUUUCAGAAGAUCUUCGUGCAUGUUUCUAUCACAGCAGUUAGUAUACCAAUACAGACUCACUACAGUAAUCAGUUUUGUAACAUUUUUGAUGAUGGCAGAGUGUCUUUAUGAAAGUCAGGGUGCUCAAGUUAUCAUUGAAAACAUAUAUUAAUGUAGAAUGUUUGUAUUAAAAAUACAGAUGUUUAUCUGGGUUGUUUUGUCAAUAGAAUUUGUUGAUACAAAUCUUAUAGUGGACAGAUCUGAAAGAAAACUGGACUUUGAACCUCUCUUGUUAGUAACUGUUACCAUGGCUGGUUACCGUGAUAACAGUUCAGAGGUCAUGGCCAAACUUUUUCAGUUCAAUGAUAUACCAAUAUAACAAGAGAGGUGCUUUUUUUAAACUGUACUAGAUGUUUUUUGUGCCAGAGAGUCCCAAAGUUUUCAUUUUGUUAGCAAAGGGAAAAAACUCGUCCAUUUAUUUUCACAAUCCCACAAAAAAAUAUUAAAGCAUUAUACAUUUGUUUUUAGAACGUAAAACUUGAAUUUUGUAUUCCGAAUAGGCAUUUUUGAAACACAAUGUUUGAUAGAUCAAGGUUUCAAGUCACAGGUAUGUCAAAUUAUAUAAUGAUGAAAAUUGUAGCUUCAUGAAUUAUUAUUUCAAAUUUGAAUUUAGAAGUAUGAAGUAGUGAAAAGUUUUUGAGAAUCUACAGUCAUGCUGAGACAAAAUUAGAAAAAAUCUCCCUAAGAAGAAAAUUUCUGAUUCCAAAACAUCACACGGAAAAAGAAACAAUUAUUAAGGAAAUGAAAUAUCAUGAUAAAGGUCGUACCCAAUGAUCUGAAUUUUAGGGGAAUACGAACUUUUGAGUAAAUUAAAGCAUUAAAACUUGUUAUAUUG